GCCGCCGACACGCCGGCCCCGCCGCGGGCGCGGCGACGAUGUUCCUCGCCGCGGCCUACUCCGCGGCGGCGACGGGGCGCGCCCUCGCCCAGCGCCGUCUGGCUGGCGCCAGGGCCGCGCCGUCCGCGGCGUCCACCCUGCGCGCGGGCCUCGUGCUCGCGGGGGUCUUCAUCGCGACCGCGCUCACCGCGCUCCUGUCGCUGGUCGCUCGUGACGUGGCCGACGCCGGAGGCCCCGCGCCGACGGAGGUCUCGCCGGAGGCGCUCGCGCUGGGCCGGAUCAUGGUCAUCGCCGGGCCGGUCGUCCUGGUCGCGGCGGCGGCGGUGCUGCACCGCCUGCCCGGAGGCCCUGUCCGCGACACGGGCGCGGCCACCAUGCCUGCUUUCUUCUGCUGGCUCGGGGCCCACGGAUUCGUCCUCGUCUCGUUCGGCGAGGCCGCCAUGGUGGUCGUCAUCUGGGUCGGCGGCAUGGCCAUGGCCGGGCUCUUGGGAUACUGCCUCGCCGUGCACACGCGCUACGAGCAGCAGCUCUUCGCCAUCCGAAGGUUCAGGACGCCUCCGGCUUCGGAGGCGACAUCGCGACCAGGAGCACGCUGACCCAGCUCACAUCUAGGCGCCCACCGGCCCGGGGUAUCCAACGAGGCUUCAUCAUGUGUUCCGUGACCCGCUGAUGUGAUAUUUUGCCACUUGCAAGUUUAUGGACCAACGGUGUAUUUUAUUCUUCACGAAACCCUAUUGGUAUCGGAGAUUUGCCCCAUCAAAGUAGAAGGCCUUAUCGGUGGUCGAUUGCGAUCUAGCAGCCUAUGCUGGCAAGUUACAAUUUUUU